GUGUCAGCGCUGACGGAAUCUCAAAAAGCCCGUUAGUUCGUCCUUAAACAUUUAGAAGGCGGACGACCAGCCGUCUCUCCGAGUAGAUAGAGUGGGCGGGAGUACCUCGUUGAUGAUAGGCGCAUGGGCGGUGAGGAUACACGAUCCUACGCCUUCCCGUAUUCUCUUCCUCGCCGCCUCCUACUCUUCCAUCGCUUCCUCGACGCCCAACCGCCUCGCCAUGUCGCGCUCCGUUAGGAUCGCAGUCGUCGGAGACGUGCAUGAUGACUGGGACUUGGAAGAAGAUUCUAAAGCCCUUCAAAUGCUGCAGCCUGAUCUGGUACUGUUUACAGGUGAUUUUGGUAAUGAGAAUGUUGAACUUGUUAGAAGCAUUUCACAUCUUGAAUUCACAAAAGCAGCAAUUUUGGGGAACCAUGAUUGUUGGAAUACGCCACAGUUCUCAGAGAAGAAGGUAGAUCGUGUCCAACUUCAGCUGGAAUGUCUUGGUGAACUGCAUGUUGGCUAUCAGCGUUUGGAUUUCCCAAUGUUAAGACUCUCUGUUGUUGGUGGUCGACCAUUUUCUUGUGGGGGAGACAGAUUAUUUCGGCGAAGGCUUCUUUCUUCCAGGUAUGGAAUCAAUGAUAUGGAAGGAAGUGCCAAGAAAAUCUAUGAAGCUGCUUUAGGGACACCAGAGGGACAUUCUAUUAUAUUUCUUGCACAUAAUGGCCCUACAGGCUUAGGAUCAAAGGUCAGUGACAUUUGUGGAAGAGAUUGGGUAUUUGGAGGUGGUGACCAUGGAGACCCAGAUCUUGCUCAAGCCAUAUCUGAUUUGCAAAAGAACACCAAAAUUCCCAUUCCUAUAGUAGUGUUUGGUCAUAUGCAUAAAGAACUAGCAUAUGGGAAUGGCCUUCGAAAGAUGAUAGCAGUCAGCCCUGACAACACCAUCUAUCUGAAUGGAGCUAUUGUGCCAAGGGUGAAAAUGGUACAAGGAGCAAGCUCUCAAGGCACUGAAGAGGACAAAAAUCAACUAAAAGCGUCAGAUAUGAACGGUGGGACCUUGCGUGCAUUUACAUUAUUCGAGAUUACGGAGGGUAUGGUGGAAAAGAUCUCAGAGAUCUGGCUUUUGGUUGCUGGCAGUAAAACUGAAGUAGCAGAGGAGAAUAUACUAUUUCGGAACACAUAAGCAGGUUUCUUUGAGUAGUGUUUCCAUUCUGAGGUUGCUGUGAAGUACAAAUUUUAUUGGUAGAGAUUGUUGUAUAAGGAUGAUGAAUGUCUAAAUAUCCAAAAAAAAAAAAAGGUUACUGAAUCUAUGGACAAAUAGAGGCAAUAUUAAGUUAAACGUCAUGUUCUAUUAUGCUAAAAGCAAUUGUUUCAGUGUUCUUUUAUCGCUA